AUGUCUUGGGGCCAAGCUCUGUCGGGCAUCUUUGGAAGCGUUAGCUUGACAGCUUGGAUCUGCCUGUUGUUGCCGCAGCUGAUUGCCAACUACAAGGCGAAGAACGCUGAUGGGUUGAGCAUGGCAUUCUUGCUGGUCUGGCUCUUGGGUGACGUCUGCAAUCUUGUUGGAGCUCUUUUUACAAAGCUGGCGCCCAGCGCUGUAGCCCUGGCCACGUACUUUUGCUGCCUCGACGCAAUCCUCAUCACCCAAACAGGAUACUACAAGGCCAAGACGGCUCGCCGACGGGCCGUUGCUCGCCGCGAUGCCGCGGCUUUGUCGCACGCCGCCGCCGAGGCUUACGAGGAGUCUCCCCUUCUUGGACGACAUGGACGACGAAGCUCAACCGACCUCCCCGGCUCCCUGAUCCGGCACGAAUCCCACAGAGAAUCAGCGCUGGAGCCCAUUCGCAAGGUGGUGACUGGCGAGGAUGAGACGCAGGAAUCCAGGCCCUGGCUCAACAACCUGCUCGGCCUGGCGGCCGUCUAUGUCGUGGGCUUUGCUGGAUGGUUUGUGUCCUUCAAGGCUGGCGCGUGGGAUGGCGAUCAAGGCAUCCCCGACGACGGAGCCAGCGUGCCGGGUCCUUCUGACGCAGGUGAUGUCAAGGCCCGGCUGGGCUUGAUUCUGGGCUACAUGAGCGCUCUCUUCUAUCUCUGCGCGCGACUGCCGCAGAUCUUGAAGAAUUACCAAGAGAAAUCGUGCGAGGGCCUAUCGCUUCUGUUCUUCAUGCUCUCCCUCACCGGCAAUUUGACAUAUGGCCUCAGUUUGAUGUGUUACUCCCAGAAUAGCGAGUACCUGCUCAACAGCUUGCCGUGGCUCCUGGGCUCGCUCGGCACCAUGGUGGAGGACUCGACUAUUUUCGUGCAGUUUCGCAUCUACGGAGACGGCGCGCGCAAGUAG